AUGACGGUACCGAUAGCGAUGCAGUCGACACCGGGAAGUUCAGGCUACUUGGAUAUGCAUCCUGACCGCAAGAUGUCCUUUUUCAAGAAUCCUUACAUUCUCGGUCUCGCCGCCGUCGCCGGAAUCGGUGGUCUUCUCUUCGGUUACGAUACCGGUGUUAUAUCAGGAGCUCUUUUGUAUAUUAAAGAUGAUUUUGAACAAGUCAGAAACAGUAGUUUUCUACAGGAAACAAUAGUUAGCAUGGCAAUUGCUGGUGCAAUUGUUGGUGCAGCAUUUGGUGGUUGGAUUAAUGACACUUACGGAAGAAAGAAGGCCACACUUUUAGCCGAUGUUAUAUUCAUUCUUGGAGCAAUUCUCAUGGCCGCUGCACCUGAUCCUUAUGUUCUCAUUGUCGGACGUCUUCUAGUUGGGUUGGGUGUUGGCAUAGCUUCUGUUACUGCUCCUGUCUAUAUUGCAGAAGCUGCACCCUCUGAAAUCAGAGGUUCAUUAGUCAGCACCAAUGUUCUCAUGAUUACUGGCGGACAGUUUAUUUCCUAUCUUGUUAAUCUUGCUUUCACUGAGGUUCCCGGGACAUGGCGAUGGAUGCUUGGUGUUUCAGCUGUGCCUGCAAUUAUUCAGUUUGUUCUCAUGCUCUUCCUCCCCGAAUCCCCAAGAUGGCUAUUUUUAAAGAAUAGGAAAAAUGAAGCUGUUGAUGUGAUUUCUAAGAUCUAUGACUUGUCUCGUUUAAAGGAUGAAAUUGACUUCCUAACUGCUCAAUCAGAACAAGAGCGCCAAAGAAGGAGCACUAUCAAAUUUUGGCAUGUUUUCAGAUCAAAAGAAACCCGACUGGCUUUCCUUGUUGGAGGAGGACUUCUGGCUUUUCAGCAGUUUACAGGUAUAAACACAGUCAUGUACUACAGUCCAACAAUUGUACAAAUGGCUGGCUUUGAGGCCAAUAAGUUGGCUAUUCUUCUGUCCCUCGUUGUUGCUGGCAUGAAUGCUGUCGGAACAGUUCUCGGCAUUUACCUUAUUGACAAUACAGGGCGGAAAAAACUUGCCCUUUACAGUUUGGGAGGAGUAAUUGCAUCCCUUGUAAUGUUGUCCCUAGCAUUUUAUAAGCAGUCAUCAUCUUCCAAUGUAGUGUAUGGAUGGCUCGCAGUUCUCGGUCUAGGCCUUUAUAUUGGUUUUUUCUCGCCCGGAAUGGGGCCAGUGCCUUGGACUGUAAACUCAGAGAUAUAUCCUGAAGAAUAUAGAGGUAUAUGCGGUGGCAUGGCAGCUACCGUGAAUUGGAUUUCAAAUUUGAUUGUGUCAGAGAGCUUUCUUUCGAUUGCUGACGGUAUCGGUAUUGCUCCAACGUUCUUGAUUAUUGCUGGUAUAGCUGUGGUGGCAUUUCUGUUUGUAUUUCUGUAUGUUCCAGAGACUCAAGGAUUGACAUUUGAUGAAGUGGAGUUAAUAUGGAAGGAGAGAGCUUGGGGCAAGAACCCAAACACACAAAGCCUUCUUGAGCAUGGAAGUCAAUCAUAA